CUGAGCGGCAACGGGUGGCGGUGUGACGUGCUGGAGCGGGUGUUGUGGAUGAAGAACUGGAUGACACACUCGUCCGUCCACUUCUACAGGUCACACAGCAUCAGGUGCGCCGUUCCCACCACUCUCGGCUACAAAUACGUCAUGCUUCUUGAGGACAGCGACUUCCCGACCACAACUACCAUCGCCUCCCACCUCCUUACCACCACGAUCCCCCCUACGACAACCACCACUACCACCACCACUACCACUAGCAUCUCUGCGACUCUGGACAUCAUCACGGACACACACAACAGCAGUGAGGAGAGUAACGCUACGAUGAGGAUGACGGAAGAGAGUAUUUUUAUAAUGGAUGAUGAGGAUGAAGCAGCCGUGACCAGCGCCCCACGUCACGAACCCCCGCCAGUCAACGCCUCAGUGAGUUACGUGGACGUGGAGACAGCGGCCACGACAGACAUCCACCACAGACAACACCAGAGGACACAGCACCACCCCGACGGCUGUAGCAUCCUCCCAAAGGGCACCGCGCCUUCUCCACGCCAACCCACGCCUACAACGACUCCCACGAACGCCCCACGCCCACCACGCUGCCAUGCUGGAUCAUACACAACAGCAUGCCGCCUUUGA